CGCGCCCGUCCGUCCGUCGCUGCGGUGACCGUCCUCACAGUCCGUCGGCUCGCGCUCCGCCUCCGUCCCCACCGCCCCCUCCCCUGUCGCGCGCUGGGGGUGUUUCUCGCUCCUCCCGAGUUACAGCCGCGGUUGCCGCUGCUCCUCCUCUCCCAGUCUUGGGUUUCCCUGGCCCCGCCGCCGCAGCUACCUCUGCGGGCUGUAUGAGGAGGAGGAGGAGGAGGAUGUGAAGAUGGCGGAGCUGCAGAUGCUGCUGGAAGAGGAAAUCCCGGGGGGCCGCCGGGCCCUCUUCGACAGUUACACGAAUCUGGAACGGGUGGCCGACUACUGCGAGAACAACUACAUCCAGUCAGCAGACAAGCAGCGAGCCCUAGAAGAAACCAAAGCCUACACCACCCAAUCCUUAGCGAGUGUUGCCUAUCUGAUAAACACCUUGGCCAACAAUGUCCUGCAGAUGUUGGAUAUCCAGGCAUCCCAGUUACGAAGAAUGGAAUCUUCAAUCAAUCAUAUUUCACAAACAGUUGAUAUUCAUAAAGAGAAAGUUGCAAGAAGAGAAAUUGGCAUUUUGACUACCAAUAAAAACACUUCAAGGACACAUAAGAUUAUUGCUCCAGCCAAUCUUGAGCGACCAGUUCGUUAUAUUAGAAAACCUAUUGAUUAUACAAUUCUGGAUGACAUUGGGCAUGGGGUAAAGUGGUUGCUUAGAUUUAAGGUGAGUACCCAGAAUAUGAAGAUGGGUGGGCUGCCACGUACAACACCUCCAACUCAGAAACCCCCCAGUCCCCCUAUGUCAGGGAAAGGGACACUUGGGCGGCACUCCCCCUAUCGCACACUGGAGCCAGUGCGUCCUCCAGUGGUACCAAAUGAUUACGUACCUAGCCCAACCCGUAAUAUGGCUCCCUCGCAGCAGAGCCCUGUGAGGACAGCUUCUGUGAAUCAAAGAAAUCGAACUUACAGCAGCAGUGGGAGUAGUGGAGGAAGCCACCCAAGUAGUCGGAGCAGCAGCCGGGAGAACAGUGGAAGUGGGAGUGUGGGGGUUCCUAUUGCUGUUCCUACUCCAUCUCCUCCCAGUGUGUUUCCAGCCCCUGCUGGCUCCUCUGGCACUCCUCCCCUUCCUGCUACUUCUGCAUCUGCUCCUGCCCCUCUUGUUCCUGCUACUGUUCCCUCCUCCAUUGCCCCAGAGGCUGCUGCUGGGGGUGCCCAGACCCUUGCUGAUGGCUUCACUUCUCCAACUCCCCCUGUUGUUUCUUCUAAUCCCCCUACAGGUCAUCCUGUUCAGUUCUACAGCAUGAAUAGACCUGCUUCUCGCCAUACACCCCCAACAAUAGGGGGCUCCUUGCCCUAUAGACGCCCUCCUUCCAUAACGUCACAAACAAGCCUUCAGAAUCAGCUGAAUGGAGGACCUUUUUAUAGCCAGAAUCCAGUAUCUCUUGCUCCUCCUCCUCCCUCCAUCCUACAGGUAACUCCUCAGUUACCUUUAAUGGGAUUUGUGGCCAGAGUUCAAGAAAAUAUUUCAGAUACACCACCUCCACCACCACCUGUGGAAGAACCAGUCUUUGAUGAAUCACCCCCUCCACCACCUCCUCCAGAAGAUUAUGAAGAGGAGGAAGCAGCUGUGGUUGAGUAUAGUGAUCCUUAUGCUGAAGAGGACCCACCAUGGGCUCCAAGGUCUUACUUGGAAAAGGUUGUGGCAAUUUAUGAUUAUACAAAAGACAAAGAAGAUGAGCUGUCCUUUCAGGAAGGAGCCAUUAUUUAUGUCAUCAAGAAGAAUGACGAUGGUUGGUAUGAGGGAGUUAUGAAUGGAGUGACUGGGCUCUUUCCUGGGAAUUAUGUUGAGUCUAUCAUGCAUUAUUCUGAGUAAAGCUCAGCAGGGCUGUGCUUCCCUCACAGAAAUAGUCAGGUCUUCCAGAUUAUCCGGAGGCCCUGGAGAUUUCCCUCCAGUGAAAUAGAAUGAAGGAUACAAAUGAUAAAAACUACUUAUUUUUUUUUUUUAGUUCAUCCCCCAGUAUUAAAACAAAAACAAAAAACCAAGACAAGUCUGAAAAAAUGGAUCUUUCUAUACACAUCAUUUAUACUAUGCUGAGCUGUCUGGAUUGAAAUAAAGUGACCAUUUCUGAAUAAAUCGAAAGUCAGAUUAAGACUGGUUCAGGAAAAAAUCUGUGAUCUUUCUCAGGAAUACUGUACACCCUUGGGGUUUCCUUCCUGCAGAAUCUGUGGCAUUGGAUGUUCAUCAUUGCCUGUGCUAAGGGGUUAACCCAUGGCCCAGUGGGUACCCUCACAUUCUUCCACUUGUAUAAAGAGGAGAGAAUAUUUAAAUACCACAAUUAACUAUUUUUACAAUUGUUUCAGAUGGCUUUUUUCCUCUAUAAUACUGUAAAUUCUGCAUUCUCUCAGCACUUGAGUGUACUAGAUGACUUAAUGCUGAACUCAGUUGCAUCUGAUCAUGUUUGUUUGUAGACUAUAAUGAUGAUGAAAUGUGAAAGUCUCCAUACAUUUUGAGGGUGGUUAACGAUUCCCAGUUUUAGUGUGCUGCUGCAUGAGACUGCAUUCCUGCUGAUGGCCAGUGUGCCCUGAUGUGAAAUGUAGUAGAGGGGGGUCAUAAACCGAGUUUGGUGUGUGAAGUUAGACCUGUAGGUUCCUAAGGCUCUGAUGGAACUGCCCUGUACAAACAGGGAUCAUGAACCCUCACCUUAGGUGCUGUUUCAAGGAGUAGGAUUGUGGAGGUUAGACCAACUAUUACUUAUUCCUUCUUUGCAACUUAGAAAAAAAAAUUUUUUUUUCAGUGUGUGUGUGAGUGUGUGUUUUUGAAGAGAAUAGCAGUUGGGAGUAGAAUAAAAGGCUGCUACUAUGCUCUCUGAACAUUACUAAUGGCCACUGUUAGCUUCUGUUUUCAUUUUCUCACUAAGCUCUAGAAAAGGUAAAUCCUCACCUGAUUUUAUGUCAUUGGACUCUGAAGUAGCUCUUAGUAAGAAUUUGAACCUUCUAUUUCAGACUAAGAAUAUAGUGGAACAAGAUUAAUAAGCCAAAAUACUGAUUCAGUCACACUGAUAAACAUCAGUACAACUUCAAGAGAAACUAAUAAAUGUUUUCUCCUAUCUUCAAUCAUCACUUUUGUAAUCAGCAUCAGAAAUAGUUUAAAAACCCAGAAGGGAUGCUGCUCAGUAGGUGAAUACUGUGAUGGGAUGAACCAGUUUAUAGUCAGGCCCAAAGCCGCCAUUAUGGGUUGUUCUUAGUCCACUGACUUGGCCAGAAUAGAGCUUUGCUGGAUAACUUCCAGCAAAGUUGGGUGAAAAGGGAGAGGCAAUAGUUGCAUGUAUUUCAAAUGUAGGGAACGAACAUGAUGGGUACUACCGAUAUAAAAACUUGGUUGAAAAAUGAACAAGUAUAAUAAUGUGUGAGGAAAUACUGAUGGCAUAGGUGGAAGUUAAUAUUCCACCUGUAAGUCUGUUAUCUGAGCAUAUAACUUCACCGUUUAACUGAGACCCAUUUACAGUGUUUCCUUACCAAGAUUUUGUUUUAAAGUUAGUAUUUUUUAAAAAAAUCACAUCUUAGCUAUUUUGAUUUUAGAUUUUCCCCAAUACUUUGGACUUAGCUUUAUUAUCUUGCCUCUCAUACACAUUCCACUUUGUGGUUUUGUGAGGUCAUCCUAACAUGUCUUACUCCGUUUUCCUUCAUGGUGUAAUGGCCCUGAAUGUCCUACUAUCCUAUGGACCCAAGCAAAACUCUAUAUUUGGAUAGGUCAAACUCUUCUUAGUACUGGUGCAUAAAUAGGAAAACCUUUGAAAUUAGUUGUUCUAAUUAUCACUUAAAGUAGUUUUUGGCUGAGAAGUUUAGUGGAUUAAUAAGGCAGAGUGUGUUUUGAAAUUCAACAAACAGUUCCCAUAAGCUCACCACUACUAGAGAUACAAAGGCAACUACAGAAAGCAGAACUGGUGGAGUCAGAGGGAUGUAGAUGGUCUGCUCCUGCUGGUUGGGGAGUUCAGAAGACACUGGUGAAAUCCUAUAUUAAGAUCUGCAGUGGGGGGAAAUUCAUGGUUAGCUGAUUUAUUUUUUCUAUCAUUUAGUACUUGUGUGUGUGACUUUUUGUUUUAUAAACAAUACUUGUUGGAUUUUUUUGCAUAUUAAAGUUUUGUAGUUUCAAAUUCUAGUUUGUCUUGAUACAAUGAAAUAAUGAGCCAGGCCUACAGUAAUUGGAGACUUUUAAUGUAUGUAAUAUUACAUAGAUUGCAUGCUAUUAAUAGUCUAUAAGGGUAGUAUUUCCUGUUUUAUUGUAAGUUUCCCCAUCUAUCUUUUUUAUAAACUCAAAGGUGGUUGUUACUAGGAAUUUCAGAUGAAUUCAUGAAAUCUUCGUAUGCUGCAAAGAUGUAUUGCUAUUAUAGCAAAGAUGACCCAAGUCUGAAACUUGCUCACCAAUAAGCAACCAUUUUAUCAGGAUAGCAGGAAUCUAAUAUGAUGGUCUUCCCUCCAGAUUUUCUUGAUUGUGUGGCCACUCCCCUUUUUCCCUUCAAGAAGAGGACUGAAUAGUUGGGUUUAAAAAUUUUUUUUGGUAUUAAUUGGUAUUAAUAUUUGAAAGUCCACAAGGACAUAUGAGUAAUCAUAAACAUUUUUACUUUUGACUUUGUGGCUAAGACAAUAAAUUGGAAACAGAAAAUAGUGCCAGUUUUUAAAAAUCUAGUCCUGGGAGAUUCAUUAGCCUGCUGUGUGUUUGGAAUAAGUAUAAACCUUUUUUCUCAUUCAGUAUUUCCCAUCUUUUGGCUACUUCUGUCUUCCUCAGAGGUACCUGCUGUUCCCACAUUGGGGCUGGUAAGGGAUGGCUAAUUUUGCUAUGUUCCUAAAUCACUGGGUGUGACAUUUUUCAUCCCCUCUUUUCUUUCCUUCCAUUGCUGUUUACUAUCCAGCUAGAGAGAAUGUUUUAUGCAUCUUUACAGUGAUUAUCUGUAAAUAUAGCUGUGCUCCUUUGCAUUUGAUUUUGACUAAAGGUGAUAAAGGUUUUUCUGUUUGGGAGGCAUCAAAAAUGAUGGUAGUUUGCUUUUAUCUUUUCUCAUUUUCUUUUAGCAGGUCCGUUCUUUUACCUUUUAUUACCUUUUCUCCUCUUGGAGAGAGCAUGGCAAGUCCUGAAGGCCACCUUUACCUCUGAAAAGGGUUGGAGGAGUUGGCAUGUGACUGCCAGGCAUUUGGAAAGAAUGGGGAUCUGUUCACUUCUGAACUUUGGCCAGAAACUCCUGAUUGGUGUUAAGGUGGUAAUUCUCUCACAUACUUUAGAAUCACAGAAUUUUAGAGCUAGAUGAGCUUUUAAAAUUUUUGGUUCAGUCUCAUUUGACUAAUGAGGUUAUUAGAUUCUUUGUUUCAGAUUUGAGUUCCUGACUCAAUGCCCAGUACUCUUUCCACUGCACCACAACUGUCUUAAUUAAAUGUGCUGUAUUUUUCUUUAACAAUUAAGAAUUCUACUUGAUGUUUUCAGGAAUAUACUUGAAAAUAUAUGCCAUGUUUUGGUAAAUAACCAUCAGAGUAUUCAGACUGUUUAAAGGAGUAUUAUUAAGUGCAACCUUAGUGAAAAAAAAAAUUACCCCUUCUAAAACUACACCCAGUAUAAACACUCUUUUCCAUAAGGUGUAUGUAGCAAAAACACAUUAUAUUAGUUCAACACUGGCAGGAGCACAGCACAGCAAAACAGCCUUAUUUAAGAGAGCCUUAUAAAAGUUAUUAAAUGGAAGCAUUGAGCUCAUACCUUUAAGUUUACUUUAUGCUGAUCUUUGUUUCAUUGAGGAUCUCUAUUUAAAAAUUACAAGUGAAAUGACAGGGCCUAGCUGUGUAUAAAUGAUCCUUGCUAAAUAUCUUAAGGUUUUUUGUAAUAAAAACACAACAAAAAGCUUAUUUUCACAUUAAAAUGAAACCUCUUUUGCAAUUUCAGAAUUCUAUGGAAAAGCAGUUUUUAUCAUAUUUUGUGUCCAUGUACCUUUUUUCUUAACAAAAUGAUUUACAAAAAGAAUGUAAACAAUUUGUGAUCUGGCCAGUUGUACUUUUUAGCUCCCAGAGAGUUGGUAGUGUUAAGUAAAAACCAUUCAGGAAAUUUGAGGGAGCAGUCUGUUGCCAGUAAUUGUUCCGUGUGUGUGCCAUUAAACCACCUCCAGGUGACUGGGGCUACAUUCACUUUUUAAUUUUUUAAUUGUAUUUGGAAUUAAUUAUUGCUGUGUACUAAGAAUUUGACCUAAAUAAAAUCACAAAGUAUA